GGCGACAUUAUCAGAAUUGCUCCCAACGAGCUAGUCUUCGCUACUCCUGAGGCAGCAAGAGACAUCUACACACGCUGCAACCCUGACCAGGAUCCCAAAUUCAUUAAGAAUCCUCUCUUCUACCAACAGAGCGAAGGAUUCCCAACUCUGGUGACUGAGACCGAUCCAGCCGCCCAUCGCGCCCUGCGAAAGCCUCUUGAGCGUGGAUUCAGCCCGAAUUCGCUAAAAGACUACGGGCGCAUAGUUGAGAGAGUGGCUGAAGACCUUACAGCGCAGCUUGAGAAAGCUACCGCAAAUUCUGGUGCAGUCGAAGUGAAAACCUGGGCAGCUCGCUUCACCUUUGACGUAAUUACCGAGGUGACCUUUGGUAAAUCUUCCGACACUGUCUCACAAGGUAGAAACACAGUCUGGCUGGACCUUCUGACUGGAAACAUCGCGGCGGCAGCUCUUGGUGUCGCAAUUCGGCGACAGCCACAAGCUGUCAAGACAUUGCUAAGAUUUAUGUUUGCUAAGCUAUCCAAAACGGCGAAGUUGCGGGCCCUUUAUCUGACCACCUGUCGAAAUAUGUGUGUGGACAGGCUUCGUGAGCCACCGAAGGCCGCAAACCUGUUCGAUCACAUCCUUGCCACAUGCCCUCCACAUGAGAAGAAUGCCGACGAUGAUGAUUAUCUAGUGUUCUUACAGGGUCAAGCUGCCGCUUUCGUCUCCGGCGGGACGGAAACAUCUUCAACUUUACUAUCCUCCCUUAUUUACAGCCUCCUCACGCACCCUUUACAGUUUGGCCGGCUACGGGACGAAGUUAGAGAGGCAUUCUCCAAAGAGGAAGAGAUCAGCAUUGAAUCGACAAAGCAGCUCAAGUACCUUCAGGCCGUAAUAGAUGAGUCCCUACGCAUCUUUCCACCUGUAGGAUUUGGUCUGCCAAGGGUAUGUCCUGGAGCAAAUAUUGGAGGCAUUUACGUCCCAAAGGGAACCGUAGUACAAGCCCCAGAAAUUCUCAUGGUACGAAACGAACGAUACUUCGCGCGGCCUCACGAAUUUCUUCCUGAGAGAUGGUUACCCAAGGAGCAUAGAUUCUACGACGAUCAGUUCUCGGCGGACCGUAAGGAAGUAUCGAAGCCUUUUUCCCUAGGCCCUCGGCAGUGUAUCGGCAUGUCACUUGCCUAUGCAGAAUGGAGAUUGGUUUUGACCAAGCUGGUGUGGAAAUUUGACUGGGAGCUCGUAGGCGAGAAGCAAGAGUUGAUCAAUGUAGCCAGGCUUAAGCUGCUCUGGGAGAUGCCACCAAUCCUGGUGUCUUUCAAGCCUUCGGACAAGCUUGCCGAAGUGGCUCCUGUAAUAUAG